AUGGGGAUUCACAUUCCCCGCAUGCCUUGCUUGGCACUUUUUGUUCUCUUGCUCCUGUUGCCUCUUCCCAUUUCAAAAGCUAGAAGCUUCCGAUACCGUGGCCCUGGCUGGAAACUACUCCAUCGCCUGGGCAACACCUUCCCAGCUUUCCACCAACGCCAGAUCAAACGCAUGAAGCAAAACUUGAGCCAAAGACAAUCAGGGGAGGACUGUCAGGGUGUUUUCGACCUGUACAUCAUCCUGGACAAGUCAGGCAGUGUGGGCAGAAACUGGAUACAUAUUUGUACAUUUACGGAGAAUUUGGUGAAGAAAUUCCAGAACCCUAAAAUGCGGAUGUCCAUCAUUAUCUACUCAACAUUCGCUGAAGUCAUCACUCCACUCACCUCUGAUAGAGAAGCAAUCCGUAAGGGCCUUGAGAAACUCAACGACGAGGUGCCUGAAGGAUUUACACACAUGCAGGAUGGAUUUCAGAAGGCGAAUGAACAGAUUAGAAAGGCUACUUCAGAAGGCAGCAAUAUCAACAGCGUGAUUAUUGCUAUGACUGAUGGGCUUUUGCUGGACAAGCAUUUAAAGCUGACCGUGGAAGAGGCCAACAAAUCUCGGCAAAUGGGAGCAACCAUUUUCACUGUGGGUGUGUAUAAGUAUGACGCAAAGCAGAUGCUCCAAAUUGCAGAUAGCCCAUAUCACAAUUUUGAGGUCAAAAAAGGGUUCACUGCUCUGAAUAACAUCGUUGACGGGCUUGCUUCCAAGUCCUGUAUUGAAGUAAUAUCCGUGAAGCCUUCUUAUGUAUGUACAAAAGACAUCUACCAAGUAAACAUUAGCGGACAUGGCUUUAAGAAUACAAAUGACCUGAGCCAAGUUAUGUGCAGAUUCACGUUCAGUGAUUCCAGAGUUGUUGAUGAAAGCCCCCUUGGUGUAGAUGAUAGCAAUAUAAACUGUCCUGGACCAAAGAUACAGCAUGUUGGAGAGGAAGUUUCUCUCGAGGUCAGUCUGAACAAUGGCAUCUCCUUCAUUGGAAACAAACUCACCAUAACCGGGAUCAACUGUGGGAGUACUAAGCCUAAGGAGCCGCCACCACCUCCGCCACCUCCACCACAGCCAGAGAAGGAACCAGUAGAAGAGUGCCCACCCCCUCCUCCUACAUCACCACCUGCUCCUCCUGCCCCUCCACCUCCAUCACCUGUCAACCCAAACCCUACUGUGAUCGUUGCCUGCUGUGGCUGUGGAAACAGACGGAUGGAGGGAAACCUGGAUGCAUGCUGCAACUACUUUCACCCAAGCUGCCCUCAGAUGCCAUUGAUAUGUUGUCAUCCCAAUGUCCGGGGAAUAUGCCCCAGUGCAACUGUCAUAAAUCCCAGCUGCCUUCGUUCUAGCAGAGACUGUUUCCAUCUCACACAACAACCAUGCACCUCAAGGAUUGUCCUGCAACCCAACAGAGAAUGUUUCAACAUCUCACAAGCACCCUGCAGCCAGAAGAUCUAUUUUACAGACAGCCCAGAAUGUUUCCCUGUAGCACAGACUCUGUGCUCAAAUGUGUGUCUACCAAAUCAGGAGUGCUAUACUCUCAACCACCCCCAGUCCCCAUGCCUAACCAGGUCCACCAAGUCUCCCUCCAGGAUACUACCUCUUCUUCCUCCCCAUAUCCGGCAAUCUUUAGAAUCCUUUUGUCACACCUCCCCUCGUUGCCAAUCUUCUAAAGAAUCAAAGUUCUAA